AUGAAGCAAUCCAUGAUCACUUCGCUUGUGGCUCUCGCAGCUUCAUGCUCCGGAGCCCAAGCCACUGAGAGCUUGAUCAGCGUGCCCGUUAAUCUCUGUGCCGCCAUCCUCGGAGAGGCUGCAUGCAAGCAGCAGACCGUCACCAAGGGACUGAUCAGCGUGCCUGUCAAUGCGUGUGUUGCAGUCCUUGGAAAAGCCAAGUGUGACCAGGUCUCUUCCUCUCUCAUCGGCAACCACGGUCUCCACACCCGUGACAGCUUGAUUAGCGUGCCCGUUAAUCUCUGCACCGCCAUCCUCGGAGAGGCCGAAUGCAAGCAGAAGACCACCAGCAAUGGUCUGAUCAGUGUGCCUGUCAACACCUGCGUGGCUGUCCUUGGAGAGGCCAAGUGUGACCAGGCCUCUUCCUCCUCCGGUAGCGACGACGGUGCCCUGAUCAGUGUUCCCAUCAACAUUUGUCUGGCUGUCCUCGGCGAGGCUAAAUGCCAGCAGAAAUCUACCUCUACUGGUGGUCUGAUCGAUAUCCCCAUCAACCUGUGUCUGGCCGUCUUGGGUGAGGUUGAUUGCCGUGAUGGAUCAUCUACCCCGCCUCCGGCCACUGCCACCCCAUCUUCCCCCGCGGAGACCACUAUCCCGGUCGUGAUUCCAGGAAAGACUACCACCCCAGCUAUUGUGCCGGGUGAGACUACAGUUCCCACUGUCCCUGUUGUUGUUCCUGGCGAGUCUACCACUCCCGUCGUUGUGCCAGGCACCACAAUCCCCGUCAUUGUGCCGGGUGAGACUACCGUUCCCACUGUUCCCGUUAUUGUUCCGGGCGAGUCCACUACCCCCGUCGCCGUGCCAUGUGAAACCACCAGCACUGUCGCCGUUCCGGGCGAGCCUACAGUUCCCACUGUCCCUGUUCUCGUUCCUGCCGAGUCUACCACCCCCGUCGCUGUUCCGGUUGAGACUUCCAUCCCCGCUGUUGUGCCAGGCGAGUCUUCCAUCCCUACUGCUGAGGCUUCUACCACCACAGUCUGGACUGGCCCUAAGGGACCUGGCUCUCCUCACUCUUCCGGUGAUGCCUCAGCCUGGGUUCCUACAUACACCCGUGUUCCUUCCGUCACCGUGGGACGUCCAUCCCACACCGGCAGCUUCACCCGUGUUACUGCUACCUCUACCAAGGUCAUCACUGGAUCCAAGACCUAUACCGGCAUUGUGGCUCACACUUCUCCCGCCUCCGGUGGUAACGGUGGCAGCGGGACCAAGCCCAGCCCUAGCACCAUUCCGUUCAACGCGGCUGGUCGUGCUACUUUGUCCGGUGUUGCCGUGGUGUUCGGUGCUCUCUGCGCUCUUGCUAUGCAGAUUUGA